AUGAACACUAGUUAUAAAGAGGACGUUGACUUUGUUUCAUUUAUCACAGAUAUACCGUUGAAUGCCAAGGAUAUCGCGGACGCUACACGAAAGAACCCUAUACUCAGUAAAGUGUGUGAAUAUACACUGAAUGGAUGGCCAAAGUACGUGAAUGAUCCCGAUUUGAAACCAUACUUUAUCAGACGAAAUGAACUUUCAGUUGAUAAUGGAGUUAUUUUAUGGGGAUUACGAGUGGUCAUACCCGAACCGUAUAGAGAACAGUUGCUUAGUGAAUUACAUGAGAAACACAUGGGAAUGUGUAAAAUGAAAGCCCUAGCGCGCAGUUAUUUAUGGUGGAAUAACAUUGACUCAGAUAUCGAAAGAACAGUCAAAGGAUGUGCGACAUGCAUGUCAGUUCAAAAUUCACCAGCAACAGCACCACUACAUCCACUGAAAUGGGCAACAAGGCCAUGGCAACGUAUCCACAUUGACUAUGCCGAAUUCAAACAACAAAUAUUUCUAGUUGUGACGGCCAGUUAUUCUAAAUGGUUAGAAGUAAUUCCGAUGAAGUCAACAACUAGUGAGAAAACCAUUGAAAAAUUACGUGGAUUGUUUUCUACAUGGGGUCUCCCGGAAGAACUUGUGAGUGAUAAUGAUCCUAGGUUUACAUCUGCAGAAUUUCACAUGUUCAUGAAAAAUAAUGGAAUAAGGCAUACUUUAGUUCCAUCAUAUCAUCUAAGUUCGAAUGGAGCAUUUGAAAGAGCCAUUCAAGUUCUGAAAAAGAGCCUUAAGAAACAAUUAUUUGAGGCGAGAAACAAUGGAAAGAACAAUACUUUACAUUACAGGUUAUCCAACUUUCUGUUACGGUACAGAAAUACUCCUCAUUCUAUUACAAAGGAAUUUCCGGCUGUGUUAUUUCUGAAGAGACAAUUAAGAAGCAGACUUACUUUGCUUAAACCGAAUAAAGAGUUGGAUAUUGAACAAAAACAGGAAAAAAUGGCCUCAAGUCAUGAUAGAAAUCGUAGUAUCAUGAGACAUUUCUUUGAAGGAGAUACCGUGUUGGUAAAAACAACUUUACCUGGCGGGAAAAAGUGGAAAUGGUUACCAGGAACAGUUACAAAGCAAAAGGGACCGGUAACAUAUUUAGUUAAAGUUGGGCCUAAAAUCAGAUACUGUCACAUUGAUCAUUUGAGGAAAAACGAAGCAAAUUUCCCACAAGAAGACGAGAACUUGAACUCUGGAAUUCCAUUCAUAUUACCAACAGGACUUCAUAUCUCGGGAAGUAAAAAACGUGAGAAUAUUUCAGAUAGUGGACACUCUAAUCUGAAACCAGAAAUUCCUUCAGAAAGUGGAUCAGAAAGUAGACCUGAAGGUCAAUCCUUAAUUGGCAAUGAAACUGAGAUUACAAGGAGAUAUCCAACACAUGAACGAAAACCUCCUAAUAGACUGAACUUAUAA